GCUGCCCCCGCCUUUGGGAGGAGGGGAGGCCGGGCGGCUCACCCAAGGUCACCCUCCUUUUCCAGCAUCCCUGUGCAACCUUUGUCCUCUCUGCCUCACCUUGAGGAGGGAGUCCAGAUGCCUAGCAGUCAGAAUGUGGGGCUGGUGGAAAGGCUCAGUGACUUUAUUCCUUCCACAAAUGCUGAGCGCCUACUGUUUGCCUGGCCCUGAGAACACAGCCCUGAACGCGGAGACACCAUCACACAAAUCAAGUGCAUUUGUGUCUGUGAGCCGGGUGGCACAUUGCCAAGCACUUGGUUGGCCAGGGCUGGCGUCUCGGGCUGUGAGGAGUCAGGGGCUUUUUUUGGCCUAGGCAAAGGAAGCUUCAGGCAGAGGGCUGUGUGAGGGCUGGGCAAAGCCUCAGUCUCCUCAUCUGGAGGAGCGGCCUGGUUGUGGGCUUGGGCUUGCUUUGAGGCAGCCUGCAUGCUGGCUCACAGCCCUCAAAAAGAAGGCGCUGUUGUCUCCCUCAUGGGGGAGGGAUGAGGACUCAAGGGCCAACAUGGCAGGGAGGACAUUCCCAGGAGACCUGCGGCCCCUACUCCGCUUGCAGGUGGCCUCAGGGAGCCUCAGAGGCGACCUCUCCAGGUCGGGCCGGGGAAGGCAGUCGAGGCGAACGCGGACACCGCCGUCGCUCUCCGCGGGCCCCCGCGCCCCCCCGGGGCAGCCGGGCAGGGUAAUGCCCGCGGUGAUGGAGAAGCCGAGUGCGGGCUCCGGGAUCCUGUCCCGCAGCCGGGCCAAGACGGCGCCCAACGGCGGCCAGCCGCCCUCCGAGGAUGACAGCAGCGAGGAGGAGCACUCUCACGACAGCAUGAUCCGCGUUGGAACCAAUUACCAGGCCGUAAUUCCAGAGUGCAAGCCUGAGAGCCCGGCGCGCUACAGUAACAAGGAGCUGAAGGGGAUGCUGGUGUGGUCACCCAACCACUGUGUGUCAGAUGCCAAGCUUGAUAAGUACAUUGCAAUGGCCAAGGAGAAGCACGGCUACAACAUCGAGCAGGCACUGGGCAUGCUUCUCUGGCAUAAACAUGAUGUGGAGAAGUCCUUGGCCGACCUGGCCAACUUCACCCCGUUCCCUGAUGAGUGGACCGUGGAGGACAAGGUGCUGUUUGAGCAGGCCUUUGGCUUCCAUGGCAAGUGUUUCCAGCGGAUCCAGCAGAUGCUGCCAGACAAGCUGAUUCCCAGCCUGGUGAAGUAUUACUACUCUUGGAAGAAGACCCGCAGCCGGACUAGUGUGAUGGACAGACAGGCACGGCGCCUGGGUGGCCGCAAGGACAAGGAGGACAGCAGUGAUGAGCUUGAAGAGGGACGAGGAGCUGUGAGUGAGGGUGAGCCAGAUGCUGGAGACCCCAAGAGAGAGCCUCUGCCCUCUCGGCCCCUGAAUGCACGACCGGGCCCAGGGAAGAAAGAGGUCCAGGUGUCUCAGUACCGCCACCAUCCACUGCGAACUCGGCGACGCCCACCCAAGGGCAUGUAUCUGAGCCCUGAGGGCCUCACUGCAGUGUCAGGAAGCCCAGAUCUUGCGAACCUCACACUCCGUGGUCUUGACUCCCAGCUCAUCUCUCUCAAGCGCCAGGUGCAGAGCAUGAAGCAGACCAACAGCAGCCUCCGGCAAGCCCUGGAGGGCGGCAUUGACCCAUUGCGACCUCCUGAGGCCAAUACCAAGUUCAACUCCCGCUGGACCACAGAUGAACAGCUUCUGGCUGUGCAAGCCAUCCGUAGAUAUGGCAAAGACUUUGGGGCUAUUGCAGAGGUGAUUGGGAACAAGACUCUGACCCAAGUGAAGACAUUCUUUGUGAGCUACCGGCGCCGCUUCAAUCUGGAGGAGGUGCUGCAGGAAUGGGAGGCUGAGCAGGAUGGGGGCCCUGGAGCCCCAGUCUCUAUGGAGGAGGCUAGGAGAGGGGCUCCCUUGCCAGCGCCAGCUCUAGAGGAAGAUGACGAGGUCCAGAUUACAUCUGUCUCAACAUCUGUGCCUCGAUCGGUGCCCCCUGCACCACCCCCACCUCCACUGCCCACCUCACUGUCUCAGCCACCCCCGCUGCUGAGGCCGCCUCUGCCCACGGCUCCCACUCUGCUUCGCCAGCCGCCCCCACUGCAGCAGGGCCGCUUCCUGCAGCCCAGGCUCGCCCCCAACCAGCCCCCACCACCUCUCAUCCGCCCGGCUCUGGCUGCCUCCCGCCACAGUGCUCGGCCUGGCCCUCAGCCCCCACCCACCCUGAUUGGAGCCUCCCUGGAGCCUCCUGCACCCUCACUCUGAGCCUUGGGCUUCUGUACCACCCAGAGGCACCUGAGUCCCUUUGCUGGACACCCUGGGGUAUCUCCGGUGUCAGAGGAUAGAAGCGACUAGGGCUCUUGACAGGUCUUUCAAAGACCCAGAGCUGUCAGGUAGCACAGCCUGGACCUGAGGGUGCUGUGUGUGUUCUGGCAGCCGGGCUGUCUCUUCCUAGCCAGGGAUGGGGCUCAGGGGCCUUCUGAGCUGGCCUGAGGGCUACGCUGCUUCCUGGCUGGGACUGGAAUGGCUGCCUCGCUGUCUGUGAGGGCUUGGCCUCUGGGCUUGCCCUGUGUGCGUAGGAGGUAGUGACCUUAGUGUGGGGGCUGGGAGGAGGACAGUUUGGGGUGCUGGCUGUCCUUGUUCCCCUUCCCCUCCUUUUAGCAAUAAGACUGGGGCGAAGGGAGAGGGGGAGGGGUUGGGGGAGGUGGGCAAAGGUUCCUGGGGCCUGACAGCAGUGCUGGCUGGCAGGAAGCCUGUCCUCAGGGCCAGGUGGUGAUGCUGAGGACCUGAGGGUGCACACCUGUCCCCCUCCCCAAGCUUGAAGAAAGGAGGGUUGGGAACUUACGCAGACGUGGGUCUAUUUUUCAACAUUUUUAAAAAAUAAAUAAAUACAAUCUCCUAA